AAUGUCAACUUGUUUCUGUCAACUGUCAGUUAUAGUGUGAGUGAAAUGGGCGACAACGUGGUUCAAGCGGUAGAAAAUAUGGACUUGAAUAAAGAGGAAAAGGCAUGAACACAACAUAUUCUUAAAUCUUAUUUUUGCUAAGAUGUUAAAAGUUUUAAUUUCGCAUAGAACUUUUCUUCCGCUGUAUCGCCAAACAUUCGCCACUUUGGCACCUAAAAUGAAAGAAAAAGGUAAAGAUAAAAAAGGCGGAGGUGAUAAAAGCAGUGUUACGGAGUUGAAACCAUGGCCUUCGUAUAUUCAGGAAAGAUUAGUUAUUUGGGAUAAACUCAAGAAUCAGUAUGAUGAGGAAUUAGCUAAGAAAGAUAAAAAUCCUAUUAAGGUUACUUUACCUGAUGGUAAAGUUGUUGAGGCAGUGUCUUGGAGUACAACAGCUUAUGAUGUUGCAAAAGGAAUAAGCCAAGGUUUAGCAGAUAACACAGUUAUAGCAAAAGUAAACGGAGUUGUAUGGGAUUUGGAUCGUCCUCUUGAAAGUGAUUGCAAAUUAGAAUUAUUGAAAUUUGACGAUCCUGAAGCACAAGCUGUAUUUUGGCACUCCUCCGCUCAUAUUUUAGGCGAAGCUGCAGAAAGAAUUUAUGGUAGUUGUUUGUGUUAUGGUCCCCCAAUUGAAUCAGGGUAUUAUUACGAUAUGUACAUGAACGAAAAAGGGAUAUCCGCAUCGGAUUUUCCCGUUAUUGAAAAAUUAAUGAAAGAUAUUGUUAAAGAAAAACAACCAUUUGAACGUCUCGAAAUGAAAAAAGAAGAUUUGUUGAAGAUGUUUGAUUAUAAUCCGUUUAAAUUAAGGAUUUUGAAUGAAAAAGUUAACACUCCAACAACUACUGUUUAUCGGUGUGGACCUCUCAUUGAUUUGUGUAGAGGUCCUCAUGUUAGGCAUACCGGCAAAAUUAAGGCUUUGAAAGUUAUUAAGAACUCUUCAACUUAUUGGGAAGGUAAAGCUGAUGCGGAAACUCUUCAAAGAAUUUACGGAAUUAGUUUUCCCGAUUCAAAACAAUUAAAAGAGUGGGAAAAGAUUCAAGAGGAAGCUGCAAAAAGAGAUCAUCGGAAAAUCGGAAGGGAACAAGAAUUAUUCUUUUUCCAUGAGUUAUCACCCGGUUCGUGUUUUUUCCAACCCCGCGGUGCUCACAUUUACAACACUCUAAUUAAUUUUAUCAAGAAAGAAUACAAAAAGCGAGGAUUUCAAGAAGUUGUUUCACCUAACAUCUACAACGUUAAACUUUGGCAAACUUCAGGGCAUUGGGCUCAUUACUCAGAUAACAUGUUUUCUUUUGACAUUGAAAAAGAAAAAUUUGCUUUAAAACCAAUGAAUUGUCCAGGUCAUUGUUUGAUUUUUGACAAUCGUAAUCGUUCAUGGCGCGAACUUCCUUUACGUUUGGCCGAUUUCGGUGUUUUACAUCGUAACGAAUUAUCCGGAGCCCUCACUGGAUUAACGAGAGUUAGGCGAUUCCAACAAGAUGACGCGCAUAUAUUUUGCGCGAUUGAGCAAAUUAAAGACGAGAUUAAAGGAGCCCUAGACUUUUUACAACAUGUUUACGGGAUAUUCGGAUUUACGUUUAAUCUCGUGUUAUCAACGCGGCCCGAAAAGUUUUUGGGCGAAGUCGAAGUUUGGAAUGAAGCUGAAAAGGCGCUUAGUGAAUCUUUAGAUGAUUUCAAACAACCUUGGAAACUUAACCCUGAAGAUGGCGCUUUUUAUGGUCCGAAAAUUGAUAUUACAAUAAUGGACGCUUUACGCAGACAGCAUCAAUGCGCUACUAUUCAAUUAGAUUUUCAAUUACCAAUUAGGUUCAAUUUAAAUUAUGUUAGCGAAUCUGGAGAGAAGAAACGUCCUGUUAUGAUCCAUCGGGCCAUUUUAGGUUCAGUUGAACGAAUGAUAGCGAUUUUAACCGAAUCUUACGCUGGAAAAUGGCCGUUUUGGUUGUCUCCUCGUCAAGCUAUGGUUAUUCCAAUCGCUCCCGCUUUUGAUGAUUACGCACAAGAAGUCCGAAAGAAAAUUUACGACGCUGGAUUUAUGUGUGAAGUUGACACCGACGCUGGUGACACCAUGAAUAAGAAAGUGCGCAACGCUCAAUUGGCGCAGUUUAAUUUUAUUUUGGUCGUUGGUGAAAAGGAGCGUAGCAGUAAUACUGUUAAUGUCCGUACAAGAGAUAACGUAGUCCAUGGUGAAAUUUCUGUUGAUGGAUUGAUUGAGAAAUUUAACACGUUACGUGACAAUUACAGUCGAAACGAAGAUUUUUAAAGAUGGAGAUGAGAACAUGUAAUUUUUCCUUGGCAUUUAUUACCGAGUAGAUGUAUUUAUUACGUGGCUGUUUAACUUAUUUUGCAACACUUUUUUUUUGUAAUUAUUCAUUUUUCUUUAAAUAUAUUGUGUCAAUUCAUUGUCGUACUCGACGUUAUCAUUGCAAGUAUGCAACCAAAUACACAAAUCGCGUAUUGCAUGUGAUAUUGGUUGCAUACUUGCAAUGAUGAUGUGGGGUACGAUAAUUAAUAACACACUGUAGUUGUAGCAAAUAGUACCUUUCCCAAAUUAAAAUUUGGAAGAAUAAAAAAUUAAGUUCACUAAAAA